AUGGGAUUUGAAGAGCAGCUAGCGGUGUUUUCCCCGGAUGGAAGGCUGAUACAGGUUGAGUAUGCACAACAGGCAAGCGAGCAAGGAUCUCUUGUUGUGUUUGCAGUGGGGUCUGAAGAGAUUGUGGUAAGUCUUGAAAGGAAGACAGGGAAUCGGCUGCUUAUUGAGGAGCCAAAGAUGUUUAUGAUCAACGAGGCACAGGGGAUAUGGAUGAGCUAUUCUGGAUUCAAGCCUGAUGCGUAUCUGGUGAUGAAUGUUGCUCGAAUGAUUUGUACUUCAUACAAGAGUAGCACCGGAGAGGAUAUUACAAUUGACCAGCUUGCAAGAAGAGUUGGAGAGUAUAAACAGAGAUAUACUGUUGUGUAUCAUCAGAGGCCGUUUGGAGUAAGGACUGUGUUGUUUGGAUUGAGUGCCAAGCCAAUUGCGUAUGUGAUUGAACCUGAUGGUAACUUUUCUGAGUUUUACUGUGGAGCGAUUGGACAGAAGAGCCAGAAGGUAUGUGAGUAUCUUGAGAAGGAAGAACGAAGUGAUCUUGUCAGACUCACCAUUCUUGGAUUAAUGGAGGUAGUGCAGUCUGAUCCAAACAAGAUAUCCACAUUUGUAAUAAGCAAGGAAGAAUGUAAGCGAGUUGAAUGUUCUGUGAUUAUGAGUGUGAUUGAUUCGUCUGUAGACCAAUAA